AUGGUUUGGUUACCAAAUUCUCAUUCAAAUCAAAAAGAUAUUCAAACAAUGUUCGAUGAUUAUGUUAGUCAUAAUAUAAAAUUUGGAAUUGUUAAUAUUGAUUCACGUUGGGCAACAAAUUUCAAUACAUUCGUAUUUAAUUCAACAAAUUUUCCAUCAGUUCGAAAUAUGCUUGAUGGAUUUCGAGCAAAAAAUAUUCAUAUUGUUUUAUGGAUGACUUCAUUUAUUAAUACUGAUUCACCAACUUAUGAUUAUGCACAAAAUCAUGGAUAUUUAUUUAAUAAAACUAUUAAAUGGUGGCAUGGAGAAGGACGUUUAUUAAAUUAUUUUAAUGAUCAAGCUGUUAAUUGGUGGCAUAGUCAAAUUGAACGACUUAUAGAUAAUGUUGGACCCAUUCAUGCAUUUAAAGCUGAUGGUAGUGAUCCAUAUAUAAUCGAACUACUUGACCCACAUGUUACAUGGGAACGUUAUCGAAAUGCUUAUUAUAAUGAUACAUUUCAAAUUUUACGUCGAUUAAUUGGUCCUGAUGCUUUAAUUAUGUCACGUCCAGUUGAUGCUGAUCUAGAUUAUUCUCCAAAAGACAUUGUUUUUAUGGGUUGGGUUGGUGAUGAAGAUGCGACAUAUGAUGGUUUAAAAACCGCACUUCGUUAUAUGCUUGAAAGUGGUCGUCGUGGUUAUGUUGGUUUUGGAUCUGAUAUUGGUGGUUAUCGAACUGAUUCGAAAUCUGGUCCAUUAGGUCGUACAAAAGAAUUAUUUCUUCGUUGGACAGCUGUUGGUGCAUUAAGUUCAUUUAUGGAAAAUGGUGGUAAUGGAGAACAUUUACCUUGGAAAUUUGAUAAUGAAACAACUGAUGUAUAUCGUUCAUGGGUUAAUCUACAUUAUAAACUUGUACCUUAUCUUUAUAGUGAAGGUAUUAAAGUUGCACUUGGACGAAAUGGUACAUUAAUGCGACCAUGUGAUGAUAUUGAAACAUUAUUUAGUCAUUCAUAUUUUCUUGGUCCUAAUAUAUAUGUUGUACCUCUCUUACGAGAUCCAGCUCCUGGUCAAACACAACGUUUAUGGUUACCAAAAAGUUCCACAAAUGAAUGGAUAAAUUAUUUCAAUACAUCAAUUAUACAUAAAUCUCAUAGAAUUAUUAAAGAAGAUACAAGUCGUCUUGAUCGUAUCCCAAUAUAUGUUGAACAAAAUUCUUUAAUACCAAUGUAUGAUAUCGAAAAAGAUUAUUCUCUUAAUGCAUUCAGAUUUGUUUUAUGGGGUGAAAGUAAAUUGAAUGAAAAAGAGACAACAUUAUUUACACGUGAUGGUCAACAAUGGUUAUUAAAAUUUAAUCAUUCUCAACGAAGAUUAACCGUACAUUUUAUUCAACAUUAUGAUUCAACUGAAAAACAACAAUGGAUAUGGAAAUUUUGUCAAUAUGUUUAUGACAAAGAAUUUUGUUCAGAUCAAUGGUUAGAACUUUCUCAUAAUGCUUCUGUUCAACUUGAUUAUUUAAUUUAA